AACCAUCAUCACAACCAAAAGAAAAAAAAAAACCUGUUUUAAAGUCAUUACCAGCAUUUUCACUUUCAAUGGCUAAAUUCAAGAAUGCUAAUCCCUCUUCUUCAUCAACUUCAAUUUCAGACAAGACGUUUACAAGUUUAGGUAAUCUUAUCAAGCUCCUUCCGACAGGAACUGUCUUCAUUUUCCAGUUCCUUAACCCUGUUUUAACCAACUACGGCCAUUGCAGCCCUGUUAACAAGGUCCUAACCAGCUCCCUCAUUGGCUUAUGUGGUUUCUCUUGUGCAUUUUCUUGUUUUACCGAUAGUUACAAAGGCGGCGACGGUUUAGUUCAUUACGGCAUAGCAACGGUUAACGGUCUUUGGCCGUCUUCGGGUUCGGAUUCGGUCGACUUAUCGAAGUAUAAGCUGCGUAUAGGCGAUUUCGUUCACGCUUUUUUUUCGGUCAUUGUGUUUGCUGUUUUGUCGUUGUUGGAUUCUAAUACCGUCCAAUGUUUUUAUCCGCCAUUUGAGGCAACUGAGAAGGUUUUGCUUAUGGUUUUGCCGCCGAUGAUCGGAGCGGUUUCGGGUUUGGCUUUUAUGGUGUUUCCGAAUACUCGACACGGGAUUGGAUACCCUUCAUCCACUGAUUCUUCCGAUGAGUACUCUUCGGACGAUGACUCGUAAAUUUGCUGUGUAUGGAAAAAUUUUCCAUUUUGCAUGAGAAAAACUGUAUAAUUAUAUUUUAAUUUGUUUGUUUGGAUUGUAAUGUGUGUUUGAAAAUAUGAUUUUUUAUGUGUAAAUUAAUGGGAUGUUGAUGAUGUUUCUAUAAUUCAAAGGUAAGGUAAGAUGGAGAUAGAAA